UAUAUAUGUGCACCUUAGUAGUUUCAGUUUCCAAGCCUGUGUGUAUAUAUAAAAUCCAUAAACUAUACUCUUCUAAGUUAUAUAAUUAAGCUCCUAAUUAAGAAUCUGAACCGCCCGAUUCUCAACAACAGCACCACCAUCACCAUUCUCCGCCAUGGGAAGCCUUCGGUUCACCAUGUCUGAUCUUCAACUAAGUAAUAGAGAAGUUCAAAGCAGUCCUACUUUGCUAUGUACUCCAUUAAUGGGAACCACAGUUGAUCAAAUGUUGAUUGAGAUGCAAAAGGCUAAAGAAAUUGGUGCUGACGUUGUAGAAAUCCGGCUUGACUGCCUCAGAAACUUUAGUCCUACACAAGAUCUUGAAAUCCUCAUCAAACGCUCUCCCUUGCCCACUCUCGUCACUUACAGGCCAGUUUGGGAAGGUGGUCAAUAUGAGGGUGAUGAAACAAAACGACAAGAUGCACUUCGUUUAGCAAUGCAAUUGGGUGCUAAUUAUGUGGAUGUUGAACUUGAGGUUGCUCAUGACUUUAAUAGUUCAAUAUACGGAAAGAAGCCUGAUAACUUCAGAGUCAUUGUUUCUUCUCACAAUUUUCAUAAUACACCAUCAGCUGAGGCCAUUGCCAAUCUUGUUGCAAGAAUACAAGCUACUGGAGCUGACAUUAUCAAGAUUGCAACAACUGCAUUAGACAUUACAGACUGUGCUCGCAUUUUCAGAAUCAUGGUUCACUCUCAGAUUCCAGUAAUUGGAAUUGUUAUGGGUGAGAGGGGACAGAUUUCGCGGUUGCUUAGCCCCAAGUUUGGCGGGUACCUGACUUAUGGUGCUCUUGAGGCAGGUGCUAUAUCAGCUCCUGGACAACCAACUGUAAAGGAUUUGCUGGAUUUAUACAACUUUAGACUUAUAAGGCCUGAUACCAAAGUUUAUGGCAUUAUUGGGAAACCUGUUGGACAUAGCAAGAGUCCUCUCUUGUUCAAUGCAGCUUUUAAAUCUGUCGGUCUUAACGCAGUUUAUAUGCAUUUUCUUGUGGAUGAUGUGGAGAAAUUUUUCAACACCUAUUCUUCUGUUGAUUUUGCUUCUGGAUGCAGUUGCACUAUUCCUCAUAAGGAAGUUGCACUUAAAUGCAUGGAUGAGAUUGACCCAAUUGCUAGGAAAAUUGGAGCUAUCAACAACAUUGUCAGGAGACCAGAUGGAACCUUGAUGGCUUAUAACACUGACUAUAUCGGUGCCAUCUCUGCCAUUGAGGAUGGACUAAGAGAAUUAAAUGGUGCAGUUCCUGCUGGAACCUCGCCCUUAAAAGGUAAACUCUUUGUGGUUCUGGGAGCUGGCGGAGCUGGUAAGUCACUUGCCUAUGGCGCUGCACAAAAAGGAGCCAGAGUUGUAGUCGCCAAUCGAACAUAUGAACGAGCAAAGGAGUUGGCCGAUAAAGUUGGAGGUCAAGCAAUGACACUAGCAGAAGCAGAGCAUUUCCAUCCAGAAGACGGAAUGGUUCUUGCAAAUACAACUUCUGUUGGAAUGAAACCGAAUUAUGAUGCUACUCCAUUACCAAAGCAUGUCUUAAAACAUUACUGCCUAGCGUUUGAUGCGAUUUACACACCUAAAGACACAAGACUCUUACGAGAAGCGAAAGAAAGCGGAGCUGUAAUUGUUUAUGGAACGGAAAUGUUAAUCCGUCAAGGCUUUGAACAAUACAAGAACUUCACUGGCUUGCCUGCACCAGAAGAAUUGUUCAGGCAACUCAUGGAGAAACAUGCAUAAGUGGAGACUCAAGAUAUCAUCAUUGUUUUUUUUUUUUUUUUUUCAGUUUUU